AUGAAUUUAAACAUUUGGGAAACAUCAUUCGGAUGUACUUGUCUCUUAUCCGCAAACAUAUCAAAUGGGGGUACGAAAAUUUCUAAAAAUCUCAACGAUAAAUGCGAAAAUGUUAUUAAAAAUCUAAUGAAUUGGACGUAUAAGGGAAGAAAACAAUGUCGAAGUUACGUACACGCGGGUAACAUACGUUUCGCAUUGUUUUUAAAUAAAGUUAAACUAAUUGAAAAUUCCGAGGGAAAAUCAAAUUCAUCGGAAUUGGUUUUGGGUUAUUUGAAAAAAGUCGAAGAGGAAAAAGUCAAAUUCGGUGAAGAUGCAGAUCUCAAUUUGACGUGCAAUUUAAUUCCGACGUCGAAUCAAUUAACGGUCGAAUUGGAAACGAAUUAUUUGAAUUAUUUAAACGAAAUCGUUACGCUGUGGGAAAAAGCUUUGGAAAACGAUUUGAACGAAACUCCGACUCCCUACGAAUUUCAACAAUGGAUUUUAAAUAUAAAAUUUGUCGCUUCCCUAUACGACCUGUACGGAGAAUAUUAUCGAUCCUUUUCAAUGUGGUUACUCCUUUGCAAAGUCGGAAAAUUAUCAAACGAUUCCAUUUCUAUUUUGUACGGGUUGACUCACGUCAUGGAAUAUUGCACGGACAUUGACGAAUCGUCGGAUUUAUUAAACGAAUGCGAUAAAACAAUGGAAACGAUGGAUUUAGAGGGAAAAGAUAAGGAUGUCGCCAUUUUGUUUUGGCUCACGAAAGCAUCCAAUUAUUUGAAUAAUAAAAAACCUGAAAAAUGUUUCGAGUACCUCGUCAAAGCUAAAAAAAUUGCGGAUAAUUUGAAAGUAUCACUUAAGGGACAAAUAUUGAGAGCGAAAUUAUGGUGUUUGAUAAGUAAAUUUCUCACAUAUUAUCCCGAUUACGAAAUACAAUUCGGAUACAGGUCAGGUACGGAUUUGAGAGUGAUCGUGAUAAAAGCUUUUAAUUAUGCGAUUGCAGGUGCGAGAAAUAAUUUCCACGAUUGCGUUGAAUUCGUAUUGGUUUUGUUGGAAGUGAGUUUUUGGGCUUAUCACUUUCACGAAAUUUAUUCUCAAAGCGAUUUCAUGAAAUUUUUCCUCGAUGAUUUAUAUCAAAUUGUGCAAAAAUUAUUUUUACCAACUCGCACGGCGGAAAUUCUCGUACGUUUAGCGGAAACGGAUUUAUUGUGUCAAAAAAUAUCAGAUUGCCAGGAGAAAAUAACAAAGUUGAAAAACAUAUUUUCUACUACGUCUUCUCCAUUUAAAUCUCUCGGGAAAAGGAAAUCUUUGAAAAAACUAAAUUAUUUAUCACCUCCCUGCGAAAAGGAAAAUCCAUCAAAUUCGAAUAAUAAAAUUUCACUUCGAAUAAGUCCGACGAGAUUUUUAGAAAAACCUAAAAAUUUUAACGGAUGUCUCGACGGUGGCGGUGGUGGUGGUGGUGGUGACGUAUCACCCGUACAAAAUUAUUUAUCCAACGAUUCGAAAAUGGAUUUUAGAGGUCACGAACCCGAAUGCAAAUGUCGAUCGUGUCAAAACGUACUCAUACAAAUACUAACCAUGUCACUGUUGAGUCUCGAAGGUGAAAUUCACAAAUUUAAAAUGUGUUACACUCAAGCGACGAAAUGUUAUCAAAGCGGAAAUGCCAUCCUGUGGAAAUUGAAAAGAUUGGAAGAGGAAAAAGGUGGUGAAAUUCAAAGAGACGUGAAAAAUUCGCUGAAUCUAAAAUCGAUGGGUCGAACGAAUUUUCGUAAAAGAUUUUUACAAUUUCAUUCGAUACGAUAUUUGAUAAAAUAUUCACUUUUCGAUUCGUCCGAAUCGAAUUCGAUCACGUCAAAUGUUAAAAAUUGUUUGAACGUGAUUAAAGAAAUAAUGGCGGAAUUUUGUUACGAAGAAAAAUUACUAAUGUGGAAAGUCGAACAAUUAAAUUUAUAUUUGUUGAUACUGUCGGAUGUUGGUGAUGACGUCGUCAGAUCACUUCCGAAAGGUGAUGGCGAUGAUGACGUUUCUCUUAAAGAAUAUGAUAUUGUGACGUCACCAAACGUUCCGUCAAAGACAAUCACAAAGACGAUCCCGAAUCCUGGAAAAACUUUGAAAAAGAAAAUACCUAAAACUGUUAAAAAAAUUAUCGUUAGUAAAAAAUUAAAUUUGGAUGAUGAUGAUGCGGAUGCUGAUGAUGAUGCAGAAAAAAGCACGGAUGCGAUAAAUAUGGGAUUUUUGGUAUUAAUAAUAAUAAUAAUAAUAAUAAUGAUGAUGAUGAAGAAUCUUUAG